AUCAUUGCGUCGUUAGAAGCGCUCAGCUCCCCUAUACCGGGCUUUCGUGCUGCCCUCUUCGUCUACCUAACUCCGCGACCCUUGUCUGGAGUCAUCUUGAAACCGGCCCUUCCACCUUUCGUCAUACCCGCGGUCGAGAUGUCUACAAACCAUGAUGCCAUUCCCGAGACUCCUCGUGUGAUCUCGCCCUCCCCCACCCCCUCAGACCCGAGAUCGAGCUCGCGAGACUACUUCGGACCCACCACGCGCUCGGCUGCGCGUCGACAACGACUUGGUGAAGUGGCGGAGGAGACCAACGGCGACGCGGAUGCGACUCUCAAGCGCUCACGGGCUCGUUCUCGGAGUCCUCCCAGCCCAGAAUCAGCGCGAAAACGCAAACGCAAGUCCAACCCUAAACUUCCGACUGGGAAAGCCAGAUCGCCAACAACGAACGGUCAUACCGCAUCGAACAAUGGGUACCUGUCGCCAUUACUCAGGCCCAGUGGCGCUUGGGAGAGCAUUUCGCGAUCUCCUUCUCCUCUUGGUCUCAUUCCUCUCCAUAGCCGCUAUCGCAGCUUCAUCCACCGACAUGAAAUCCCGCGCAAGCUCCUCCACGUCUCCAUCGGCUUCCUCACACUGCAUUUGUACACACGUGGUAUUCAGCCGCUCGAAAUAACCCCAUGGCUCUUUGGCGCUUUGGUCCCCAUCGCUUCUGUCGACAUCAUUCGCCAUCGUUCAGAGACAGUCAAUAAGCUAUAUAUUCGCUGCGUGGGAGCAUUGAUGCGCGAGACAGAAGUUUCCGGUUACAAUGGCGUCAUUUGGUAUCUGUUGGGCGCAUAUGCUGUCUUGCGCUUCCUUCCCAAGGAUGUCGGCGUCAUGAGCGUGCUGCUACUUAGCUGGUGUGACACUGCUGCUUCCACCUUCGGUCGUCUCUAUGGCCGACACACCCCUCAGCUCCGCAAAGGCAAGAGCUUGGCGGGUACCUUGAGCGCCUGGCUGGUUGGGGUCAUCACUGCUGCCGCUUUUUGGGGGUUCUUUGUCCCUUACAUCGGGACUUUCCCCAAUGAUCCUGAAGGCUCUUUUAUGUUUACCGGACGCCUCAAUCUGAUCCCUGGCUCAGUCAAGAAUCUGCUCGGCUGGACUGCGGAUACUUCCAACGCUGUCCUGUCGGGUCCUCUGGCCCUUGGAGUCAUGAGCGUUGUCUCCGGCUUGGUGGCUGCCGGUAGCGAGUUCGUUGACUUGUUCGGCUGGGACGAUAAUCUGACGAUCCCUGUUCUUAGCGGUGUUGGCUUGUGGGGCUUUCUCAAGGUCUUCGGCUGAGACAAUUAGACUCCAAAUCCCUAAUUCCUGUCGGCGUUGGCCGCAUUAUCCCUUCCUGUUCCAUAUUCCCCUUACUAUAUUUGCUAGAGGACAAAUCCCGCCUGACGACCUCUUGUUUCUUUGU